UAUGGUUACCGAGAAAACGUGAGUUGGGUAGAGCGUUUCUUCGUUACAAAACUGUCAAAAAGUCUGCCCCUAUACUCAGUAACCUAGAGCAAACGGAAGUAGCUGAAGAUCUGCUCUCCAAAUUCCGACUUACUCAAGAAAAAUGGCGCCGUCAGCGAAACCGAUCUCCAGCCCAGUUCCAGAUGCGUGGUACCCCACUCUCGCCGUACUUCUGCUCGCCUUCGGCCUUGCCAUCACCGCCUCUUUCUUCAUUUAUGAAGCUACUUCCUCUAGGAAAAAUCGCAAUCUUGCAAAGGAAUUGACUACUGGUGCGGUUGCAUCAGUUUUCCUGGGUUUUGGAUCUCUGUUCUUGCUGCUCUCUUCUGGUGUCUAUGUUUGAGUCUUAACAUAAAAAGUAGGACAGUGCACGAGGUUUCACAUCCUUAUGGCUUUUUCUCACAUUCUGAACCUAAACUGAGGUUGGCUCAAGUUUUGAUGUCCAGCGAGACCGUUUAUCAUUUGUGGUACUAAAUUCAGAUGGUAUUAAAACGUAGAUCAUUUGGUUCACAGUCAUGUGUUGAAGUGUUGUGUGUUCUUAGCUCUCUUUUUUGACGGGGAAUCACGCAAUGAGGAGUGUCAUACUUUUCAGGGAUUCACUUUCAUUCCCCCUCAAAAUACCAAAUUAAUUGGGAAAUGAAACCACUUUUUCCUUUUAA